GUUAAUGGCCGGCAUCCCGCUCCACCUGUCAGUGCGCCCCUGGCACCCGAGCCACGCACCCCGCUGCAGCAGGCAAAGCCAGCAAGGCUCGCUGGGGCCGGCCAGGCGCUGAGGUGCCUGCUCUCCCGGCGGCAUGGAGGCGCGGUGCCGGCACAGCGAGGCGUUCGACUGCACGCCCCAGCCGGCAGCCUGCUGCCCUGACUGGAUGGCGAGGCUCCCCGACGCCCUGCCUCUCUCCCACCUCUCCAUCCCUGGCACCCACGACUCCCUCAGCCUGUUUGGCGGCCAGCGCCUGCGGUGCCAGAGCUGGGGCCUGGAGGCUCAGCUGGCAGCCGGCAUCCGCUUCCUGGACGUGCGCUGCAAGCUGUCACGGGGCGAGCUCCACGUCUACCACCUCUGCACCUACCAGCGGGCCAGCCUGCGGGGGGUCCUGCGCCGCACCCUGCGCUUUCUCCGUGCCCACCCUGGCGAGGCGGUACUCAUGCGCAUCAAGGAGGAGCUGCCCAUCUUCUCCCGGCCCGGCUUUGCCGCCCGGCUGCACCGCUGCUUGCUGGAGGAGGGACGGGGCCGAGUGUGGUGCCGGGAGGAGGUGCCGACCCUGGGCCAGGUGCGGGGGAAGAUCGUGGUGCUGGAGGCACUGGCUCGCGAGGUGCUGGGCAUCCCCUAUGAGCAGCUGAGCAUCAGCGAUGCUUGGAAUGUGCUUUCGCUGGAGCGCAAGUGGGCCCGGGUGCGGCGGCACCUGGAAAGGGCAGCCAGCGGGGACCCCACCACCAUGCACCUCACCUUCUGCUCCGGCAACGGGCUCUUCACCUGCCCCGAGGAGGUGGCCCGCUUCGUGAACCCCCGCUGCUGCCAGCACCUGCGGCGCCGCAGAGGGCAGCCCGUGCGCUGGGGAGUGGUGAUCAUGGACUUCCCCGGGGCAGGGCUCCUCCGGCUCAUCACGGAGAGCAACGCCCCGCGGGCCAGCAGACACAGCACAGCAGCCCCCAGCAGCCCCAUGGCACCCCCCCGGCACCCCCGCGGCAGAGGGGACACGCCGCAGCCGGCACAGCUCAGCUCGCUGCCCACGCCGCUGUCCAUCAGGACAGACGCUGCUCCCUGUCCCAUGCCUCUGCCGAGGGAUGUCAGCACCCACGGAGCAAAAAACGUGUUUCUAGCUCUUGCUGGGCACCGAGAAGCCUUCGUGUGACAAUGUUGUGACAGCGCUGGAGGUGGCAGUGGAGCUGGGCAGCCCUGGGAGCUGCCCCCUGCGUGCUGUUCUCCUUCGAAGAGCCAGGUAUGGUUCCAGCACAGGGUUGGGGCAGCCAAGUCCAAAGCAGAGCAGCAGGGAUGGGAUGGGAUGGAGAGAUAAGAUCCAGCCUCGCUAUCUCUUGGGCCAGUGAGUCCAUCCAAA